UUCACAACACUACUGGUUGUUUUCGUCCCUCUUCUUCUGCUGCUGCUGCUGCUUAAUGGUUUUGUAGUUACCAGUCAGUCAGUUCACUACAAUUUAAUUCAUUUCAAUUCCAAGAAAAACAAGAAAUAUAAUGGAGCUGAAUCUCCUAAACUCCAUGUUUUGCAUCUUUGCCUUUGUUGUUUUAUUCCUCUUUGUCAUCAAUUCCCUCAUCACCAAGCUCUUCACUCCGGUUCGCCGGAAAAUCCCACUUCCACCGGGUUCCUUGGGCUGGCCUUACAUUGGAGAAACCUUCCAACUCUACUCUCAAAACCCAAAUGUCUUCUUUGCCUCAAAACAAAAGAGGUUUGGGUCAAUCUUCAAAACCCACAUCUUGGGUUGUCCAUGUGUGAUGAUUUCGAGCCCGGAAGCGGCGAAAUUCGUGCUUUCUCGAGCCCAUCUGUUCAAGCCAACUUUUCCGGCAAGCAAAGAGAGGAUGUUGGGGAAAGAAGCCAUCUUUUUCCACCAAGGAGAUUAUCAUGCCAAAUUGAGAAAGCUUGUCCUUCGUGCCUUCAUGCCGGAAGCCGUCAGAAGUAUCAUCCCUGACAUUGAAUCCAUUGCCAAAGACUCUCUCAAGUCCUGCCAAGGCCGCUUGAUCAACACCUUCCAAGAAAUGAAAACGUUCACAUUCAAUGUUGCACUCCUUUCUAUAUUUGGAAAGGAUGAGAUUCUGUACAGAGAGGAUCUGAAGAGGUGUUACUACAUUCUUGAGAAGGGAUACAAUUCAAUGCCCAUUAAUCUUCCAGGCACACUGUUUCACAAGUCAAUGAAAGCAAGGAAGGAGCUUGCUCAGAUCUUGGCCAAAAUUAUAUCUAAAAGGAGGCAAAGGAUGCAGGUGGAGGAGGAGGAGCAUAAGGAUCUUCUCGGAUCAUUCAUGGGUGACAACAAAGGCCUCACAGACCAACAAAUCGCCGACAACGUAAUUGGUGUCAUCUUCGCUGCCCGUGACACCACGGCCAGCGUCUUGACUUGGAUUGUCAAGUACCUUGGGGAAAACCCAAGUGUGCUUCAAGCUGUCACUGAUGAGCAAGAAGCAAUAGUAAGGUCAAAAGAAGAGGAAGAGGAUAAAGUUCUUAGUUGGGCAGAUACCAAAAAGAUGCCCAUGACUUGUAGAGUUAUUCAGGAGACACUUAGAGUUGCUUCCAUUUUAUCUUUUACUUUCAGGGAAGCUGUGGAGCAUGUUGAAUAUGAAGGUUAUCUGAUACCAAAAGGGUGGAAAGUAUUACCACUUUUCAGAAAUAUUCACCACAGCCCAGAAAUCUUUCCUGACCCUGACAAGUUUGAUCCUUCCAGAUUUGAGGUUGCUCCAAAACCCAAUACAUACAUGCCAUUUGGCAGCGGGAACCACUCAUGUCCAGGGAAUGAAUUGGCCAAGCUGGAGAUUUUGGUCUUUCUACACCACCUAACAACAAAGUACAGAUGGUCUAUUGUUGGUGCACAAACUGGCAUACAGUAUGGCCCUUUUGCUCUUCCCCAAAAUGGCCUGCCCAUCAGAUUAUCUCCUAAAACUAUCAUAUAACCCCAUAAUACUCCCAAAACAGUCCGAGUCCCCAACUUUCAGAUCCUGACCCUUCUGGCUGCGACCUGACAAACAAAUCAAGAAAUAUACAUUUCACGCACGAGAGAGAGAGAGAGAGCGCGCGCGCUAGACACAAAUCUUAUGCAUGAAGAAACCCACCACCCCAAAGUCCAAUUCCUUUUUCGCAAAAGGAGAGAUGCGAACGCAAAAUAAACAAGUGUGAGGGAAACAAAUUAUUCAUACAUCCCCAUCACCUCGUCUGCCCAAUUUAUAUCUCAGUAUACUUAAAGCCACCGUAUAUUAUGACCACGCUCCGAAAACACCCAAAAGUCAGAGAGGUCAAGAUACAGGAAAUUAAACAUGCUGCUGCAGAGGAAGCCGAGUGUACAAAGAAGAGUAUUCAUAUACCAAAACAUGAUAUGCAAGCCAUAUCAUGUUUUUUUUUUCCUUUUCUUUUUCUUUUUGGCAUGCAAGAGAUCAUGAAGAGGAAAAUUCCUCACCCAAUGUGACAAUUGUAUUUAAGUAGGUAGGUGUAUUCUAAUUUCACAAUAUUUUUCUUCUUUUUAAAAUAAUGUAAAGAGCCGCAAGGCAGAAAUGAGAUUCAAAUGAAUGGAAAUUUUGUUCUGUAUA